UAGCGCUGGACUAAUACAACCAAUACGGGUCUUGAGUAUGUGUUUGCGGACUUAGCCAGGACUGCGUGCGGCGUUUGUCGCGAGAUGUUGGGUACAUAGUCAGAGACCGGUAUCUUUUCGGGAUGUAAAUCCGUCCCAUUAUUCCGCCCAGAGAUUCGCCUUUUGUCCGACAUUUUGCGUGGCGACGUCGGUGCAGCGGCGAACCACUCUCACAUACCUUCGACAGAUUUGCGUAGCAGCGGCGGUGGCGGCGGGCUUCCGCCAUCCCAGCCGCGCCUCCCCGAACGCUCUCCCCCUCGACCAUGGCGGGCGCGCUCUCCCUGCGCGCGCGUUCCCCCGCGCUGCGUUGGUUCGUUCUAGCGGUGGUGCUGAAGCUGGCGGGGACGGCGGGGACGGCAACUUUGGAGUGCAGGGACGGCAGCGCCGAGAAAGCAGUGGUGGUGACGACAUUCCACUAUGACCAAGUCAGCUUCCCCGUCAACUUUUAUGUGCAACUCAUGCACCCUUAUGAGGUCUCCUUGACCAACACGUGUCAGCAGCGCGCCAUCUCUCGUCUUAGCAUCAACAUCGCCAGAAUCUACAAACACCCCUUCCUCCUCAUGCCCCGGGUGCAGUUGCUUGGAGGAGACGGAGAUGGGAACUAUCAGUUCAGGGUACGCCCUCCCCUGGGUGCACCCGACGACUCCGCGAUAAUCCCGCCAGGUGCCACUCUCAAGUUCAACACCACUGUGAUGCCCGGAAAAUCGUACAACAUCACUGUUAUCGCAGCCGCCUUCUCUUCUUAAGUCAUACUCCUCUUCUCUGGAUCCCCUGCCGUUGGUUACCGACCCGUAUCGGACACUUGGAGUACCGUAGUGGCAUUGUACGGUCCAGGCGUAUAGACUAUAGAGCCAGCACAACAUGCAAACGUAUUUUCAUCAGCAUGAACUGUGUCUCAGAGUUACAAAAUUGACUAAAAUGGAGGGUACAGGGUUAGUUUGUACCGUAUUCCCCCGGAUAAAACACCCAUGGGUGGCAACAAAUUUUGAUGCAAAAUUUAGUGGGGGUGUAAUUAGUGGCACUUUUUGUACAACGCCCGGGGGCUAUGGAAUGACA